AUGGCAGCGACCGAAGCAACAGCACAGUCGAUGAAUUCCCUUGCGAGCAUGGAAUUAUUAGCUGAAGAGCAAGCUGCCGCAAUUAACCAUUUGGAGUUGCAACUUAAGAAAAUCGAAGAAGAAAAUGAACAACUAAUUGAAAAGCAAAAGUUACUCGAUGAAGAAAUAUCUAAAAAACAAGCAGCUGCAAUUCAACAGUUUAUCACUAGCGAGGUGCGACUGGCCCACGCUAUGUCAGUAUUGCCUGUCAAACGACCCAGGCGAUCGUCCGAGAAGGAGAGCGAGGACGAAGCGAGAGAACAACUUUGCCAAACGGGGAUUCUCAACCCUGCUGUUAAUUUUGUCUACCAGAAGGGCUACGAAGCAGCCCAGGCAGGGAAGUCGAGACUCCAGCAGAGUUACGAUGAUCUAAUCGCGUGGAAGUUCACUCCUGAUAGCGCGUCUGGAAUGCGUUUGAUGAGCUGCAUGCGUCAGCUGUUAGAGAAGAACAAACACUUAGGCUCAAUCAACCAAAUGGAUCGGCUCUUGAGUCUAGAGUCAGAGACGCAAAUGCAGGCGUCCUGCAUCCAAGAGUAUAUGAAAACCGCCCAAGAACUGGAUGCCGUCCUCCAAGAAUCCUCAACGGACCUGGAUGGUGUCCAAAGCAGUCUCUUCACUUUGAAAAAGCAACUCAACAAAGCUGAGGCCCUUAUAAACGCACUAAAGGCCGAGUACGACAAGCAAAAUCCAGGCCAGUCGGACGCCUUGAUAGCCGCCGCCCUGGCCACACUGAGCGAGCAGGCGAUCGCCGCCGAGGACCAGACUAAACUGGAGGACGAGGACCACGCGCCUGCUGAACCUCAAGACGAUGCUCAACGGACAUGA